GAAUAGUGUCGGGCUUACGACAGUCGGACAUUAAAAUAAUAUAGAAGAAUUACAAAAAUGAAGGGAAAAAAAAUAAAGAAUCCUAUAGUAAAACAUUUAAUCAAUUACCAUAUAAUUACCCCAAAAUAUGAAUAUCGAUAAAACUAACAUAAAUAAAUUUAAAAUAAAAAUAUUUAGAGAAAUUAAUAAAUAUCCACACACAAAGUAAAAUAAAUUCAUUCUACCACACAAGUUAUCCGCGCCCAAAUUAUUUUACAAGCAACACGCCCUUGAGAAGAAUUGUAGAAAUUGAGCAUAACUUCAUUUUCAAGAACAGUUGCUCAUCAAUGGCAACCUCCAGCGCAUUAAUUAAAUAGAGAGGCGAUAAAGACCUCAUCCAAGUAGCAGCAACUAAACCCGCAUUGUCUCUCAUCAAUGCUUUGCUACACUCACAUUUUGCAAGAAAGUGCAAAAAAAAACCAGAGAGGCUUCUUUGAUCAUUCAUUCAGCUGAAAAAUGGGGGUAAGUUGCCUUGUGGUUUUGGUCCUUCAAAUAACAGUUAGUGAAGUGAGUGGUGCUGGUGUUGGUGUUGGGAGUGGCGGCGUUUGGUUUGGUGGAGGAAUAAACAGCCCAAGUCCAGGAGGAGGUUCUGUCCCAAGGCAAAAUUCCGCUUACAUUGCUCUUCAAACAUGGAAAUCUGUAAUCACUGAUGAUCCAAUGGGGAUUUUGAACAAUUGGGUCGGUCCAAAUGUAUGCACGUACAGAGGAAUUUUCUGCUCACACACUGAAGAUUACGCGGGCAACCCAACUGAGUUAGUUGUUACAGGUAUAGAUCUGAAUCAUGCAAAUCUUCAAGGGACUCUUGUAAAAGAACUAUCUUUCUUAACAGAAAUUUCUCUCCUUCACCUCAAUACCAAUAGAUUCUCAGGCACAAUCCCACAAACAUUCAGAGAUCUGUAUUCUCUUGUUGAGUUAGACCUUAGCAACAACCAUUUCUCUGGUCCAUUUCCUACUACAGUCCUAUUAAUCCCAAAUCUUGUUUAUUUAGAUCUAAGAUUCAACAGUUUCUCUGGGCCAAUUCCUGAGGAUCUCUUCAACAAUAAACUUGAUGCUAUCUUUCUUAAUAAUAACCAAUUUGACGGUGAACUACCUCAGAAUUUAGGGAAUUCCCCUGCUUCAGUGAUUAAUUUUGCUAAUAAUAAGUUUAGUGGGAGCAUUCCGUUUAGUUUGGGUUACAUGGGUACCAGAAUUAAGGAGAUAUUGUUCCUAAACAACCAGCUAAAUGGUUGCAUACCAGAAGGUGUGGGAUUGUGGACAGAUUUGCAAGUUUUGGAUGUGAGUUUCAAUUCACUAAUGGGGCAUUUGCCUGAUACCAUUUCAUGCUUGAGUGGCAUUGAAGUACUCAACUUGGGACAUAACAAGUUGUCUGGGGAUUUGCCGGACUUAAUUUGUUCACCAAGAAACCUUGUGAAUUUGACUCUUGCUUACAAUUUCUUCUCUGAGUUGAGCCAAGAUUGUCUGAGAAAUGUAGGAGGAAUUGAUUUCUCAUUGAACUGUAUUCCAGGAAGGCAAAUGCAAAGGCCUCAACCUGAGUGCUCUGUCAUUCCAGGUGGCACUCUCAGUUGCCUUAGGGUACCUGCAGUAAAGCCUCUUGUUUGUGGAUGAAAAACAACGUCGUCUACUACUAUUAUCUUUGAGUGACAAUUGAGCACUUUGAAAAGCUGCUUAUCUUAACCACACGGAAGUUAUGACUUGUAGUCUUGUACCUUCCAAAUUUAUU